AUGGAGCUCGAGGCCUUGAGCAAGAGGAACAAAUUGGGGACAGUGUCUGGUGUCUACAUACCUGUUUGCCUCAAUAUCAUCAGCAUUCUCAUGUUCUUAAGAUUCGGCUUGAUAUUAGGCCAAGUAGGGUUACUUGGCAUGUUAGGCCUCUUGCUCAUUGCCUACAUUGUCGAUUUCGUCACAACCCUCUCGCUUUCAGCCAUCGCUUCAAAUGGAGAGGUCAAAGGGGGAGGCGCCUAUUAUUUGAUCUCGAGAUCCUUGGGCCCCGAGUUCGGCGGCUCUAUCGGCCUCUUGUUUUAUCUGGCCCAAGUGCUGAACACGGCUCUCAAUGUCGUCGGCUUGAUUGACUGCUUCAAGCUCAAUCUCGGCCAUGUCAUGCCAGAGGGGUACUGGUGGGACUAUCUCUUCGGCACCUUCGCCCUGGCGUUGUGCACUGGCUUGUCCCUUGCCGGGAGCGCAGUCUUUUCCAAGGCGAGCAACGCGCUCUUGGUUGUUUUGACCCUCUCGACCCUCAGCAUACCGCUCUCUGCCGUGGCAAGGCCAGCCUUCAGUGAUCCGAACAGGGGAAUCGAGUUCACGGGAGCCAGCCUGGCAACCCUGAGAUCCAACCUGCUCCCUCACACCGGCGCCGCCGAGUUCAGCGGCUUCGAAACCUUCCGAGAGCUGUUUGGCAUUCUGUUCCCCGCCACCUCAGGCAUCUUCGCGGGAGCAUCCAUGUCGGGGGAUCUGCGCAAUCCCAGCAAAGCCAUACCAAAAGGCACUCUCUGGGCCAUGCUCUCAACCUUCGUUGCCUACCUGCUCGUCAUUCUUGCCCUUGCGUCGAGCACAUCGCAUGCUUCCUUUUUGCAGAACGCAAACAUCAUACAAGAUACAAACGUCUGGCCUCCGAUUGUCUUCGCCGGAGAGCUUGCCACUACCUCCUUCUCUGUUUUGAUGGGCGUCGUGGCAUCUGCCAAGCUCAUGCAGGCUCUUGCGAGAGACAAGCUGUUCCCGGGCUUGUCGAUAUUUGGGAAGGGCACAAGAAGGGCAGAUGAGCCGAUUGUUGCCAUUUUCCUUACGUACAUCGCAGCACAGCUGGCAAUGUUUGCGAAUUUGAACCAGAUCGCCACCCUCAUAUCCAUGGGUUAUCAGAUGACCUUUUUUGUCAUGAACCUCGCCUGCUUCCUCCUCAAGAUAGGGUCCGCCCCCAACUUCCGCCCGGGUUUUAAGUUUUUCAGCUGGCAGACGGCUUUCGCGGGCAGCGUCCUCUCCGCAGCGGCCAUGUUCUUCAUCGACGAGACAUACGCCACCACGGCCGUCUGCCUGCUGGUAUUUCUCUUCCUCCUCAUCCACUAUACUAGUCCACCGAAGCACUGGGGCGACGUCUCCCAAAACUUGAUCUACCACCAAGUGAGGAAGUAUCUUCUGCGCCUGAAGCCAGAACACAUCAAGUUCUGGAGGCCGCAAAUCAUCCUGCUCAUCAACAAUCCCAGGAGACAGACUCGAUUGAUACAGUUCUGCAACUCUCUGAAGAAAGGCGCGCUGUACAUACUGGGGCACGUUAUUGUCACCGACGACUUUGCAGCUGGCGUCACAGAGGCAAAGCUGCAGCAAGCCGCCUGGACCAAGUACAUUUCCGAGUACUCCAGGAUCAAGGCCUUUGUACAGUUGACUAUGUCUCCUACCAUAACAUGGGGUGUGAGGAAUUUGGUCCUCUCCGCCGGCCUGGGAGGCAUGAGACCGAAUAUCGCCGUCAUGGGCUUCUACAAUAUGGAUGAGCUGCGGCGUUCACGGCCGGCUCUGCAGGUACCGGAAGUGCCAGCUUCGCCUGCACCGGUCGAACAGGGCAAGGCGACAAGCGAAUCGAAAGUCAGAAGAAGGCGAAGAGGUGACACUUCCUCCCGUAUCCUGGAAGGGGUGCUGCCUACCGAUGCGAUCAAGACAGAGGAAAUGAUGUCGGUAACCAGCUAUGUCACCAUUCUCGAAGAUCUAGCUUUGCGGUAUCGGCUGAAUGUCGCCAUCGGCAAGGGGUUCGACGCCCUGGAAUUGCCGCGGAAAGAUGGCAGCAACACAAAGAAGCACAUCGACCUGUGGCCUAUCCAAAUGUCGGCGGCAAUCACAGCGGAUGGAAAGAAUGUGCUCACCACAAACUUCGAUACAUAUACGCUGAUUCUUCAGCUGGGAUACAUACUUCACACUGUCCCAGCAUGGAAGAUGGCUUACCGUCUACGGGUUAUCGUCUUCGUCGAGUACGAGAGCGAGGUCGAGGAAGAACGAGGCCGGGUCAAGGCUCUGCUGGAUAAGCUAAGGAUCGAUGCCCAAGUCCUGGUGUUCUGGCUGGCCUCGGGCAACCUCUCGACCUACGAGACCAUCAUCCAUGGGCACUUCACCAAUCCCGAAACCGAGCGUCUCGUCAACGAAUGCCUGAAGGGUGAGGCGUGGUGGGAAGAUCUACAAGCGUACCGCGUGAGCCGAUCCAUGACUGAAUCACAAGAGUUCGCGUCGUUUGCUCACGUUAUGGGUUCCACCUCCGGCAGGCCGGGUCUGUAUAACCCGCACACCCGUGCCUCGAACCGCAGUGAGAGAAGGCGCCAUAGUCUGGCGCAGCUCACCGAGCUACCAAGGAAACCCUCUAUGUCGCAGUUGAUCAAAUGGGGCGUCAACAUGGGAAUCCAUACGCAGAAUCUACCCUUCAACGUCUUUGACCGUUCAGACACAGACCUUGACGGCGAGAGCGAUUCGGACAGCGACUCGUCAGAUGUUGACGGACACUUCAGUGAAGUUGUUAGCCAUUCUGGCGCAGGCGAUGAGGCAGCCAAGCGUCCACUUCUACCAACUGUCCGGAGGCGGAGAAGCUUCGCUGAUCUCAUUGGCCGCGUAGAGAGCCCCACGAAGAAUAAGAAGUCAAAGAGGACGUCAUCGCCAAUGCAAGGCUCGUAUGGAACCAUGCCGAGCAAGCGCGCGGGUGGUGAGGCGGGCGUGGAACCCGCAAGGCAAAACAGGAACGGAUCGGGGCCGCCUCAACCCUUUCGAGGAAUUCUUAAGCCAGAACGGCCUCCUUUGUCCAGGCACGGUUCUUCGGCGCCCCGGUUCUCCAGCAACCUGGUUCCUCAGACAACAAUCACGAACGAGGACGGCACUGGCCCGAGAAUCAUGUUUGCCGAAGCAGAGGUACGGACCGAACGGUCUUCGUUUUCCCGGCAGUCAUCGUUUGUACGCGCCGCAGGUGGGGAGUUAGCGUCCGGCGAAGAGAGCGGAAGCGACAGGAGAGUUUCGUUUGCUGAGCACGCGGCCGGCGCCAAGUCCCCGGAGAGAUCGAGAAGAGGCUCGUUAUCCAAAGGGUCCGACAAUGGCGGUGAUGCCUCGCUCAACAUUCCUGCACUGCUGGCUUCCUACGAGCUAUCCGAAGACGAAAGCAACAGGAACGGAUCGAGUUAUUCGACACAGGGGCUGUCACUGUCCUUCAACGACCUCCCUGGCCGGGCUCAGCAUUUGAUCCUGAACGAGCUCAUGCGUCAGAACAGCAGCGACACGACUGUGAUGCUGACCACGUUGCCUAUUCCACAAGAGAACACGUGCCAGAGCGAGGAGGCAAGCCUGGCGUAUUUGUCUGACGUUGAAGUCCUUUGCAACGGCCUCCCUCCUGUGCUCCUAGUAUUGAGUAACCACAUGACGGUUACUGUGAGCCUCUAG